GUAUUGUCAGCUGUUGUGGGCUGAGCUGAGCCAGUGAGCUGAGCUGUCACAAUCAUGAAUAAUCUCAUGAAAAUCAGAAUGUUUACAAAUUCCGAGAAGGAAAACAUUAAUUAAAUUUCGUUCACUAUUCAUAAGAAAGACAAGUAAUAAAUUAAUGAAAAAAUGGAGAGCGAAGGAUCGGUUUUGAUACAAAAUGAAGGGUUACAGGUUGCACAAGAAAUACAGACGUCCCUCGCUCGAUUCCUGGAACAAAGUUUGCAGUCAUAUGAAGCGAAAAAAGUUCCGUUCGGUCGAAUGGAGCCCUUUGACGAGAAAGUCGAAUCCUGGAGAAAUUACGUCGAAAGAUUUGAGCUCUUCUGCGAGGCGAAUGACGUUCCAGCUGAAAAAAAGGCAAUAGUCUUUUUCACAGUGAUGGGUUCCAAGUGGUACAACACAUUCCGAGAUGUCUGCGUCCCGGAAAAGCCCCGAAGCCAGACUUUUGAGAAAACAGUUGAAAUUAUUGGACAGUAUUUGGAGCCAAAGCCGCCGAACGUUAACACGGAACGGUUAAAAUUUGGAAACUGCCAUCAAGGGAACGGCGACCUGAAGGAUUUCAUUGAGCGGCUGAAAUCCCUGGCGAUCAAGUGCGACUAUGCAGAAGAGCUCAAGACUAGACUGUUGGACCAAUUUUUGCUUGGACUCAACUCGGAGAGGAUAAGAAAAAGACUUUUGAUCGAGAGGACGUUGAACUGGGAGAAAGCUAUCAAAAUCGCCGCGAGUAUGGAUGACGAAAGGAUUACUGAAGAUUCAAUUGCAAAGAUGCAACACGUAGUGAAUCUUCAAGCGGAAAGUGACAUCAGCAGCGGCAGUAGGAAUGAAAAUGAGCAGAGAGAAUGCAGGAGAUCUGGAAGAGUGGUGAAAAGGCCCGAGAGUGAUAGUUAUACCUAUGAUCUUCCCUCAAAGAAACAGAAGAAUUCCACUGAUUGGAGGGACGAAGAGGAAAGCGAGACAGAAAUCCACAAUUUGAAGUUGGAAAAUAAUAGACUGAAGAUGGAACUUGAAGAGACGAAUAGAAUGCAGAAAGAAUUGACAGUCCUAAAUAGAGAUCUGCAGAGCCGUCUCGUCAACGAUUAUGAAGAGCUUAGAACUACACUCGCGAACGUCUGUUCCUCCGACAUAAAUCAGUCAGCGAAAGGGAUCUUGCCUGUCGGUUACGUUAGAAGAAUGGACAAACAUGUGCAUUUAGGCAGAGAAGUUUGGAUACCAAAGUCAACAUUCGACACGGUGAUGUGCACAGCGAGAAAUCCUAGUAUCUUUAUAAAAAAUAUGGCCCUCGCAGUUUUUGGGCACGAAACCUUGGAGCGAAGUUCCGUCACCGGACAGUUGUCGAAUCGGACGAAAAAGUUUUACGAGGGGCCGCCCAAGCAAAAGUUAGAUCCAACCAAAUUGCUCGCCAUAAAAGACGUCUUCCGAUAUUGGCUACAGGAUAUUAAAAAGGUGGACGAAUGCACGAUGGACAUUGAACUGAGAAAAGUGGGUUCGUAUAUUGGGCACAAAAUUGCAGACUUGAAUCGAAGGAAAAAGGACCCUGAAGAGACACAAAGGACUUCCGACGAUUACACGAGAUCAUCAGAUGAUUUCCAAAGAAUCGACCUCUACCAGAGAUCUCAAGAAAAUUACCAGUCGCACUAUCAAAGAGGCUCUCAGAACGCGCAGAGAGCCUCAAUGGAUUAUGAGAGAAACCCAGAAACUUUUGACAUGAUGAUGGUCAAUGUCAAAAGCGAAACGCACGAAGGCAACGACGAUGCCAUGCAUGGAUCUGGAGAGGCUGUCUUCAUUCCAGAAGAAAAAGUGUCUGUCCAGAAUGGCAUUGCUGUCGAGGAUGUUAGCGACGAGGUUCACAACGUCGAUGAUGAAACGUUUAUUCCCUAUUUGUAAUUUUCUUUUUGCCUAAACAACUGCUACUUUUAAUCUGUCCAGGAAGUCUAUUCUAUAUCUCUCGUUGAUGAUAGUUCUCAAGUUUCGUGUCAUUCCUUUAUUAUCAUUUGACUUUUUUCAUACUCUAGCAUUUUUUUCGUGUUUAAAAAAAAUUUCGCUUUGAGUUUCGUGCGCAUCUUUCUAUUUAUGACGAUUCAUUUUAUCUGAGAUGAAAAGUGAUUAUUAGUGAUCAGAAAGUAGAAUAGUUUAUUGUAUGUAUUUUGUGUAUUCACUUUUUUAUGGCAGCUGUAGAAAUAGGAAAUUUUAAAUAAACUUGAAAUUCUUUUUA